CGUUGUGGGCGGGGGGUGUCAUUACAACGAGGAAGCGGUGAUUUAUUAUUUCUUUAUGUCUCAAUUCAGCAGCAGCAAGUGCUCAGACAACAACACCACCGCCACGUCCGGCGACGAGGCCUCCUUCCCGGCGAUGAAAAAGCCCAAGUCUCAGGCCGUCGCUUGUUCUCUCGACAACAAGAACGGUCCCCAAACUCAGCCACUCCACUUCGAUUCCGACCUACCUUCCCCUAUGAUCGAAGAUCCCAUUCCCACCGACCUCAAUGAAAUCGCCCUCGACCCUGCUGCCGGUGUUGCCGCCAAUUUGUCCCGCAAGAAGGCGACGCCUCCCCAACCGGCAAAGAAGCUCGUCAUCAAACUCCUCAAAGCUAAACCAACCCUGCCCUUAAACUUUGAGGAAAAUACAUGGGUAACACUGAAGUCUGCUAUAAGUGCCAUAUUCUUGAAGCAACCAGAUCCUUGUGACCUGGAGAAGCUUUAUCAGGCUGUGAAUGACCUUUGCCUGCACAAGAUGGGAGGAAGUCUGUAUCAACGGAUUGAAAAGGAGUGUGAAGCACACAUAUUUGCUGUGCUACAAUCUUUGGUUGGCCAAACUGAAGAUUUGGUAGUUUUUUUAUCACUUGUUGAGAAAUGCUGGCAGGACUUCUGUGACCAGGUGUUGAUGAUUCGUGGUAUAGCCUUGUAUCUUGAUAGAACGUAUGUGAAACAAACUCCGAAUGUCCGUUCAUUGUGGGAUAUGGGCUUGCAGCUUUUCCGUAAACAUCUUUCACUAGCUGCAGAAGUUGAGCAUAAAAUUGUAUUUGGACUUCUGAAAAUGAUUGAGAGUGAAAGAUUAGGUGAAGCAGUUGAUAGGAUUCUCCUUAACCAUCUUUUGAAGAUGUUCACUGCUUUAGGAAUCUACACACAGAGCUUUGAGAAGCCAUUCCUUGAGGGCACUUCUGAAUUUUAUGCUGCUGAAGGAGUCAAAUACAUGCAGCAAUCUGAUGUUCCUGACUACUUGAAGCAUGUGGAGGUAAGGUUGCAUGAAGAACAUGAACGAUGCUUACACUACCUGGAUGCCAGUACAAGAAAACCACUAGUAGCAACUGUAGAAAGGCAACUUCUUGAAUGCCAUAUGCCUACAAUUCUUGAUAAGGGUUUCAUGAUGCUGAUGGAUGGAAAUCGUAUCGAGGAUCUUCAGAGGAUGUACUUACUCCUUUUGAGGGUCAAUGCCUUUGAAUCAUUAAGGCAAGGGCUCAGCUCGUACAUUCGGAGAGCCGGUCAAGCUAUUGUCAUGGAUGAAGAGAAAGAUAAGGAUAUGGUUUUCUGCCUCUUAGAAUUUAAGGCUUCUCUUGAUACCGUAUGGGAAGAAAGCUUUUCUAAGAAUGAAGCAUUUUGCAACACUAUUAAAGAAGCAUUUGAGUAUAUCAUUAAUCUACGACAGAACCGGUCUGCUGAACUGAUUGCAAAGUUUUUGGACGAGAAGCUUCGUGCUGGAAAUAAGGGUACAUCUGAAGAGGAAUUGGAGGGUACACUUGAUAGAGUAUUGGUUUUAUUCAGGUUUAUACAGGGUAAAGAUGUUUUUGAAGCAUUCUAUAAGAAGGAUCUUGCAAAAAGGUUACUGUUGGGAAAGAGUGCUUCCAUUGAUGCAGAGAAGUCCAUGAUUUCUAAGUUGAAGACUGAGUGUGGCAGCCAGUUCACCAAUAAACUUGAAGGAAUGUUCAAGGAUGUUGAAUUGUCAAAAGAGAUAAAUGAAUCUUUCAAGCAAUCAUCCCAGGCAAGGACAAAACUCCCAUCAGGCAUUGAGAUGAGUGUCCAUGUUUUAACAACAGGGUACUGGCCAACAUAUCCACCUAUGGAUGUUCAACUUCCUCAUGAACUGAAUGUGUAUCAGGACAUUUUCAAGGAGUUCUACUUGAGCAAGUAUAGCGGGAGGCGCUUAAUGUGGCAAAAUUCAUUAGGCCACUGUGUGUUAAAAACGGAAUUCCCGAAAGGUAAAAAAGAACUGGCAGUUUCUCUAUUUCAGGCUGUUGUUCUGAUGCUGUUUAACGAUGCCCAGAAGCUUACAUUUCAAGAUAUAAAGGAUUCAACUGGCAUUGAGGAUAAGGAGUUGAGAAGGACUCUUCAGUCCCUUGCAUGCGGAAAAGUUCGUGUCCUUCAGAAGUUUCCCAGAGGGAGAGAAGUGGAGGAUGAACAUUCCUUUGUGUUCAAUGAUGGAUUUACUGCCCCUCUCUACCGUAUAAAGGUAAAUGCCAUACAGAUGAAAGAAACAGUGGAAGAGAACGCCAGUACGACCGAAAGAGUUUUCCAGGACCGCCAAUAUCAGGUUGAUGCUGCCAUUGUGCGGAUAAUGAAGACGAGGAAAAUUCUGAGUCACACACUUUUGAUAACUGAACUCUUCCAGCAGCUGAAAUUCCCCAUAAAACCAACGGACUUGAAGAAGAGGAUUGAAAGCCUCAUAGACAGGGAGUAUCUGGAGAGGGACAAGAACAACCCUCAAAUUUACAACUACCUUGCCUAAGCAAGCACCCCUCUUUAACUCUUUUACAUUUUUAUCUUUCUUUGUAGAGGUUUAAGGUUUAGCAAUUUUGUUUUUUUGUUUUUGGGGUGGGAGGGUGGUUCAAUCAGAGUCCCAUCCCAUGUCAUCUUAUCUCUUAUGUACAGUAAAAAUGGUAGCAUAGAUUUUGUCGUGUUGAAAGACUGUUAUUAAUAGUCGAUUUAUAAUUGUAAAUCAUGUGUAUUUUCUUGCCAUCAUCAUAAGGUGCAAGGGCAGAGUACAUGAAAUAAGUGCGAUAAAGCAGAAAACAAAUUGAAG